AUGGCGUCGGGCUGGGGGAUCACGGGGAACAAAGGCCGGUGCUACGACUUCUGGACGGACUUCAGCGAGUGCAUGUCGAAGUGCAGGGAGCCCAAGGAUUGCUCCCUCCUCCGCGAAGACUAUCUAGAGUGUCUCCACCACGCCAAGGAGGUGAGGCAUUCACUAUCAUCCCUCUUGCCUCGAUUCAUCUUCCCCGACGCCUCUGCUCCCUUCACCAGUGGUCAUUGUUUCUGAUUCAUGCUGGUGAUGGUCGAUGAUCGCUCAUUUUGCGGAGAGCUCUGGCGUUUGGUCAGGAAGCUUUGUUGGUGUCGUAUUUUGUGCCCUAGUGGGAUGAGGGGCAUUGAUUGGGUACUAAUUGAUGAGAGUUUAUUGUAAACCCGCUGCACCCUUCCCGAUCUUACAGUGGUUCUUCUGUAAGAGUUUAAAACGUUCGACUGCGGCAAUGCCAGUGUUCGAGAACGAGCAGAUGAAUCAUCUAUCAAAUAUUUUUCUAUUUUUGUUUAAAUCUACCGUACACAUUGCAUUUUAUAAGCCCUCUCCUUCGAUCGCAAUUUAUGGCAACUCCCUUGUUUAUAUCUUUGGGCCAGGCAUAUAUAAAUGCUUUCAUCUGAAUCCCGGUUAGGUAUUUCAUCAAAAAACUUUUGGUACUUCUAUAGUUAUUUGAAAUGAAUUAUUUUUAAUCAUUAUAAUUUCAUUAAGUUCUGGUAUACCCAUAGUUCAUUUUCUUAUUCAGUGACUACACUAACCUGUGAGCCAGGGAUCAACAAGUAUUUUUUGCUGAAACUUACCGAUUGUAUUUCCUUCAGCCUGUUUCUUGUCACAUUAGUGCUUGACCUCCUUCUUUAUUUCAUCCUCAUGAUGAUUUCUUGGGUGUAACUUUCUUCUUAGACUCUUUUCACUUCUAGUGUUGGGGUCAUGUCCUGAUAUUUUUUAUUCUCCUUCAUGCAUUUUCAGCAUGCCUAAUAGCUUGCAAUAAGAAUGUCUGACAGUCAUAGAACGCUUGCUUCGAUUAUUUUCCUUAUUAUCAGUAGCUUCUUUCAAAAUCUUCAUAUCAUUCUAGUCGCACACAAUUGGAUACCUUGUUCUCUGUGUCAUCCUUAUAACAAUGAUUUGAAAUUUAUGCGCCAUUUGAUUAAGGAUGAGUGCCUUUUUCCUGUCCAAAUCUUUGCCCUCUGCCACAAUCCAUUAUUCGCUUUGGUUACUAGAAUAAAACGUCGAGGGCAUAAAAUGUUUCCCUAUCUGAGACACCUAUUCUUGAAAGUAAGCCAAAGGUUCCCAUUUAUGGUGUUAAACUGGCAGAUGAGAUUCGUGCUUGUAUCCAACCUAUCCAUUCUUGGUAGCGGCAUACACUUUCUCUUCCCUCUCUUAAAAAUAAGGCCUCUCAUUUGUUGGCACUUCGUAGCAAAAAUGGAGUCAUCUUGUUUUUUGCUGAAGUUCAUCAAUUUGACAACUGGAAAUCUCUUUUGUGAAAGCUCACUCAUAUUGAUUAGAAGAUUUGAGCAUAGAAAGUCAACCCUACACCAUCAUGAUACCAGACAAAACUAACGACCCAGUUAUGUCUGGAUAACGGAAUCACCCUUGUCUUCUCAUUCCUCGGAAAUUUCAUGUUCUCUUUCUGAUUAUCAAAAAACCCAUGCAAACCUUAAUCAUUGCGUCAAUUUCCCUUUUAAAUCCACGAUUCUCCCCUGAAGCUGGGAACUUGCUUUGAGAGGAGCAUUGCCUCUAGAAGUGAUCAUUGUCUUUCCCCAUCAUCCAAUAUAAUGUACCCCCUUCAUGUGCUUUCAGUGAAGUUCUAUACCUUGCCCUUUGUUGAUAAUCCCUUUUAGUUCCAUUAAAAGUGGGUAUUUAUCUUAAAACAGUGAUCUCACAAUUAUCUCUGAUAUUUAACAAACGAUAUCGGUUGCAGUAAUGACUGUAGGUGAGUGUCCAGGCUUCCAUUCCAAACUGAGUUUUGCCUUUCAUAAAUCCCAUGCUUGCACUCGCCUUUGGAGUUUUCUGCUUCGAUUAGAUCAUAGAUUUAAUUUAAUAUCUAGAGGAAAUGACGUUUGAAUGAGCCAGUACGAGUUUCUUUUGUGAACUAUGGUGGCCAGACAAUACUUUUCUUUCGUGUUUCUGUUUUAUAUUUGCUAGAUUUAUUUUCGACCAUUCCCGGGUUUUUUGGCAUUUAAUUUUCAGUGUUGUCACGGGUGUAAUUCUUUUCUUCCUGAACAUAUUUAAUUAAUGAAACCGAUUUAAUUGAGUUGCGAACAUGACCUGACACUUCUUUUAGUAUUUUCCAUACUCUACGACCAUUUGAAAGCUGAAUGCUCUUCUGUCUUUGUGUUUCCCCUUGAUAAAGAAAUAGUUUCUGAUAGCUUCAUUACUAGCUAUUAGGAUUCUGUAAAACCAUUGUAUAUGAAUCCCAUUUUCCUCCAGAAUGGUCAGGAUUUUCCUUUCAACAAUCUGGUCUUUUUUCAAAACCUCUGUUGCAUAGUCCCCACCCCCCGGCCACACCUGAAAUAAAGUGAUGAAGGCAGUCCCAUAUAUUUAAUGGGGAUGCAGGAGUAUUUGUUAAACAUACUAUCAAUGAGGUCAGAUCUGUCAUUUCAACUGGCUUACAUCUGUAGCUUAUCUUUUAAACCCUUAUUCCCCUCAUUUCUGUUCAUCAGUAUCAUCCUAGCUGCAAACUGAAGAUGAAUUGUGCUUAGUUUAUUCCCAUUAAUUCUGAUUCCCUCGCUAAUCCUCUCUUUUGUAUGUUCUUCUUUUAUUGAAUUGAAGCUCCUUGUGAACCAGUAAAGAACGACAAUGGACUGUCCUUCUAUGAUAUUAGAUUGGUCAAUCAGUCAACUUAUCAAUGGGACAUUUGACUUUUUCAGUCAACAUUCUGGUGAUGACCUGCAAUAGACCAUUCGGUGGAUCUACGGGGCCGCAAUACUGAUGCUUAAAUGCUUUCUUAGGCACAGAUCAUCUUUUCCUUACUUUUCAUAAUCCACAGCCUGGGAAAACUAGCUUGUGGUUGAGACCGAAGAUUAUUUCUCACGAGUGAUAUCCUCAUCUACUGAUUGCAUGAAUCUGUAGGGACGGUUUCUUUAAAAGGAAACCUUUUGACAUGAGAUAAAAUGGUCGAAUAUAUAUCUAUCUCUCUCUCAGAACUUAGCUCUUAUUUCACAUCAGAACUUAGCUCUCUCUCUCUCUCUCUCUCUCUCUCUCUCUCUCUCUCUCUCUCUCUCAUCUAUAUAUCUAUCUAUCUAUCUCUCGUUCCUGACAGCAAUAUAUGAAUCAAGUUCCUUCCUCCCCCCCAAAGUUCAGAAUCCAUCUACUUAAAUUGAAAGGCAAUCCUAUUCAGUCAUGAAAAGGAGAGGAAACCAAAGAGAAGUUUCCUAUUCUCCCCGUCUUUCCUUUCUAACAGGUCUCCGGAUGACCUCGCAGUUCCAAAGGAGAAACCGAAUCUACAAGGAGGAGCAACGGCAGAUCAGAGCAGCCGCAAGGAAGGCCAAGGAAGAAGCAGGUGGUGGAGGUGAAUCAGCUCAUCAUUAG